GAGAGAGAGAGACAGAGAGAGAGAGAGGGGAGAUACGCCUCUGUCCUCCUCAAGCUCUCCACUGGGCUUGUAGUGCGUUUGGACGGAGUAGAGCUUUCCCCCCCUCCCCUGAUCGGGAUCCUAAGCACGCAGCUAUAGCUUUAUCCCCAUCCCUUCCUGCAGGAACACUUGUCUGGGCUCCCUUUUUUUUUUUCUUUGCAGCAAGUCGGAGUCCAAGCAGCGAUCAGCAAGUGAAACAAAUCGACCGGAAAGAUAUAUUUUUUGCGCCCUGGUGCCUGUCAAGAAAGAUCGCCUCUUCCCGGUGCUGGAUGUGUACAUAUUUGCCCUCAGAUCCCGGCUGCUGGUGAUCGGGUCCAGAACAUCCUGCUGCCACUGAGAUGUGAUUCUCUGAGGUUUAAUUUCCGUCCAACAAAAGUAAAUCCACACUAACAGGCCUGUAUGGUGUCAGGAACACUGAGCUGUGAAGCAAACAGCUCAGCACGCGAGCGCCUGGGCUCAGCAGGAAGUACCUCCGCAUUCACUUCCAGGUCGAAAUCAGGCGCCAUGUGGGCCAGAUGCUUGAUCUUCAUCUCCGCCUUGAUUUCACCCAUUGCCAUAGUGUAUGGCCGCGCCCCCAUCCCCAUGGCGGUGGUGCGCAGGGAGCUGUCUUGUGAGUCGUACCCUAUCGAGCUGCGCUGCCCCGGCACCGACGUCAUCAUGAUCGAAAGCGCCAACUACGGCCGCACCGACGACAAGAUUUGCGAUUCGGACCCGGCCCAAAUGGAGAACACCCGGUGCUACCUUCCCGAUGCAUACAAGAUCAUGUCGCUCAGAUGCAACAACCGUACCCAGUGUGCAGUGGUGGCGGGACCUGAUGUGUUUCCUGAUCCCUGUCCGGGAACGUACAAAUACCUGGAAGUUCAGUAUGAAUGUGUUCCUUACAAAGUGGAACAAAAAGUAUUUCUGUGCCCGGGCAUUCUACGGGGAGUGUACCAAAGUGAACAUCUCUUUGAGUCUGACCACCAGUCAGGUGCGUGGUGCAAAGACCCCCUUCAAGCCUCUGAUAAGAUAUACUACAUGCCUUGGACACCGUACCGCACGGACACACUGACUGAGUAUUCAUCCAAAGAGGAUUUCAUCGCAGGCCGCCCUACGACCACGUACAAACUGCCGCACCGCGUGGACGGGACCGGUUUUGUAGUCUACGACGGCGCGCUGUUCUUCAACAAAGAGCGCACCCGCAACAUUGUGAAGUUCGACCUUCGCACGCGCAUCAAGAGCGGCGAGGCCAUCAUCGCCAACGCCAACUACCAUGACACCUCUCCGUACCGCUGGGGGGGCAAGUCGGACAUCGACCUGGCCGUGGAUGAGAACGGGCUGUGGGUGAUCUACGCGACAGAGCAGAACAACGGGCGCAUCGUGGUGAGCCAGCUCAACCCCUAUACCUUACGCAUCGAGGGCUCGUGGGACACCAGCUACGACAAGCGCUCAGCUUCCAACGCUUUCAUGAUCUGCGGGGUCCUGUAUGUCGUCAAGACCGUCUACGAAGACGACGACAACGAGGGGACGGGAAACAAGAUUGACUACAUGUACAACACGGACAAGAGCAAGGAAAUGACGGUCAACAUACCCUUCCCUAACUCCUACCAGUAUAUUGCUGCAGUGGAUUACAACCCAAGAGACAACCUGCUGUACGUGUGGAAUAACUACCAUGUGGUCAAGUAUUCACUGGACUUUGGCAACAACGACUACCGUCCCCCGCCCAUGCUUCCACCGAACCGCGGAGGGGCCGGGGGAGGCGGCGGAGGCUCCUCCUCCUCUUCGACCAGCCGCGCCACCACCACCCGAUCCCCUCCCUACUACACCACCCCGAGGCCUCUCCUCACCACCUCCCCCGGCCAGCGUUACCGGACCACCACCACGGUCCGCCAGCCCAUGCUGGUCCCCGCCGGAGGGUCGUCGUCCGGCUCCAAUCACAUCCCCGACACCAAACAGAAAGGGGGGCCACCCCCUCGGGUGCAAGUCCCGCCGGCGGCCCCUCAGCCCCCGGCUCUGCCCCCGCAGGACUUCUGCAGUCCGAGGGUGACCGCGGACAUAUCGUGGCCACGGACGCAGCAGGGCCAGACAGCCAAGCAGCCCUGCCCUGUGGGGACCCUGGGCGUUGCCACAUACGUGUGCAUGCCCCGUUUGGGCUACUGGGAUCCCCAAGGCCCUGACCUCAGCAACUGCACGUCACCCUGGGUCAACCACAUCAUGCAGAAACUUCGUUCAGGCGAGACGGCAGCUAUUGUGGCCAGGGAGCUGGCAGAGCAGACCAAAGGGCUUCUGCGUCCUGGCGACGUGCCAUCCACUGUGCGGGCCAUGGCCCAGCUGGUCGAGCUGUUGGAUGUCCAACUCAGGAACCUCACCCCCGGAGGCAAGGACAGCGCUGCCCGCAGCCUCACUAAGCUUCAGAAGAGAGAAAGGUCCUGCCGGUUUUUCACACAGGCGAUGGUUGAGACGGUAAAUAAUUUGUUGCAUCCGAGAGCUCAGGCAGCGUGGAAAGAGCUGCCCACCAGCGAACAGCUGCACUCAGCCACUUUGCUCCUCGACACCGUGGAGACGGGUGCUUUCAUGUUGGCCGACAACCUCCUGAAGACCGACACAGUGCAGGAAACCACCGACUACAUCCAGCUGGAGGUAGCGAGGCUCAGCACGGAUGGAAGCCUUGCAGAUCUGACAUUUCCUCAGUCGGAGCAACAUGGAAACUCCAUCCAGCUGUCAGCAAGCACUCUCAAACAGCACGGCAGAAACGGUGAGAUCAGGAUGGCGUUUGUGCUGUAUAGGAACUUAGGUUCCUACCUGCCAACAGAGAACGCCAGCGUCCGACUGAGCAGCGAGACGGUUUAUCCCAAUUACUCCGUUAUCGUCAACUCUCCGGUCAUCACAGCAUCGAUCAACAAGGAGAGCAACAAGGUGUACCUUUCGGACCCCGUGGUCUUCACUGUCCAACACCUGCAGCAGUCAGAGAAGAAUUUCAAUCCCAACUGCUCCUUCUGGAGCUACUCCAAACGCACCAUGACGGGAUUCUGGUCCACGCAGGACUGCCGACUGCUCGCCACCAACCGCACACACACCAGCUGCUCCUGCACCCACCUCACCAGUUUCGCGGUGCUCAUGGCUCACGUGGAGGUCAAGAAAGCAGACAGCAUGCACGACAUGCUCCUGGACGUCAUCACGUGGGUCGGGAUCCUGCUGUCGCUGGUCUGCCUGCUGAUCUGCAUCUUCACCUUUUGCUUCUUCAGAGGCCUGCAGAGCGACCGCAACACCAUCCACAAGAACCUCUGCAUCAGCCUCUUUAUCGCUGAGUCGCUGUUUCUAGUUGGGAUCAACAAGGCUGAUCAGCCGAUCGUCUGUGCAGUCUUUGCGGCCUUGCUCCAUUUCUUCUUCUUGGCAGCCUUCACCUGGAUGUUCUUGGAAGGGGUGCAGCUCUACAUCAUGCUGGUGGAGGUGUUUGAGAGCGAACACUCCAGGACUAAGUACUUCUACCUGGCAGGGUACGGAGUGCCAGCUGUCAUAGUGGCCGUCUCCGCCGCGGUGGACUACAGGAGCUACGGCACCGACCGAGUGUGCUGGCUCCGCUUGGACACAUACUUCAUUUGGAGCUUCAUAGGACCUGCUACUCUCAUCAUCAUGCUGAACGUAAUCUUCCUCGGCAUCGCCCUUUAUAAGAUGUUCCAUCAUACAGCCAUCCUCAAGCCAGACUCCGGGUGUCUGGACAACAUCAAGUCCUGGGUGAUCGGCGCCAUCGCCCUGCUGUGUCUGCUGGGCCUGACCUGGGCUUUUGGCCUCAUGUACAUCAAUGAGAGCACCGUCAUCAUGGCCUACCUUUUCACCAUUUUCAACUCCCUGCAGGGCAUGUUCAUCUUCAUCUUCCACUGCAUCCUCCAGAAAAAGGUGCGCAAAGAGUAUGGCAAAUGUCUGCGCACUCACUGCUGCAGCGGCAAGAGCGUGGAGACGUCCAUCUCCUCCUCCAGUAAGACCACCACCUCACGGACCCCGGGCCGCUACUCCACAGGCUCACAGGUGAGCUUACCUGCCUGCACACCUGGACGCUACAGUACAGCCGACUCACAGAGUCGCAUCCGACGGAUGUGGAACGACACUGUGAGGAAACAGGAGUCCUCCUUCAUCACUGGAGACAUCAACAGCUCCGCCACGCUCAACAGAGGAGCCAUGGCUAAUCAUCUUAUAACUAAUGCUCUCCUUCGUCCCCAUGGUACUAACAAUCCUUAUAACACUCUCCUGGGGGACUCGGCAGUCUAUAACAACCCAGCCGUGGGCAUGUACAACACCCAAGCACCUUACCGAGACACAAAGGGGAUCCUGAACAACGCCAGAGACGCCAGUGUCAUGGACACGCUCCCUCUUAAUGGUAACCAUCCCAACAAUUUCACCAUGGCCAGCACCGAGUACUUGAGCGACUGCGUUCAGAUCCUGGAUCGGAGCGCCGGUUACGGCACCCAUGGCAACCACAAGGAGACCACCUUGGAGAAGAAGAUCCUCAAGGAGCUGACGUCCAACUACAUUCCCCCUUACCUCAACAACCAUGAACGAGCCACCACCGAGCGCAGCCACAACCUGAUGAACAAGCUGGUCAACAGCAGUAUGGCCAAUGGAGGGAGCAUGGCCGGAGGCAGCAGCAGCUCCAGCAGUGGAGUGGGUGGCUGUGUGGGCAGCAGUAAAGACGACAACAGCCCCAUAGUGCUGGACAACCCUGUUGCCUUCCCUCACGAGGAGAACCUCGGUUUGGAGAUCAUCAGAGAGGAGUCCAACGCGCCCCUCCUGCCCCCGCGGCCUCCUCCGCCGGACAGCCACCCGCCCCCACCGCCUCCUCCUCACAGCUUCUCCCGGCAGCGGCGCAUUGCCCAGGAGCCCAGCGAGAGCUUCUUCCCCCUGCUGACCAACGAGCACACCGACGAGCACACGCAUUCGCCAAACCACAGAGACUCGCUCUACACGAGCAUGCCGGUUUUGACAGACCUCCCCGACGGGCAGAUGAACGGCUUGACGGAUGGAGAGGAGGAAAGCUCCGGAGAGCUCCAGCCUUGCAAGAGCGCCACGGCUCCGGAGCUGGACGACGUGUACUAUAAGAGCAUGCCAAACCUGGGCUCCAGGAACCACCUCCACGAGCUGCAGAACUACUACCACAUGGGCCGCGGGGGAAGUGACGGAUACAUGGUGUCUGGGAGCAAGGAGGAGUCGGAUUCGUCUCCGGAGGAGCCGCCGGUGGACCCUUCUCAUCUGGUCACCAGUCUAUAGAGCCCACUGAGUCCUCUACCCCGCCCGAACCCAGUUUGACUCUUUCAAAGUUCAUGUGAAAUCAUCCUGUGUUGCUGACUGACAGAUGGAGCUGGCCCAGCCCUGGAUUGAUACACUGUGUGACACAACAAUGUUUUAUGACAACAUGGCUGAGAUAUCACUGGUCAAAUCAGAAAACGCGUUGUCAUAAACUGUGCAAACCGAAACGGGUGGGUCCUGAAAAAAACAAUCUGCGGGCCUCAAACAGGAACGGACACUUUAACUUGUAACGGGGAGGGACUCUGCAAUUCUAACAGACCGGUGACUUUAAUUUGGAAUCUUGGACUGAUUGUAGCCCUGCAAGAUCCCCCCACCCCACCCCACCCCACCCCACCCCCCGUUCUGGACAUCUAGCAGAUCCUAGCAAAUAGUCUCCACUCACCUCUACGUGGGCCCAAGCCCUGGUUAUUGGAGCUGCGUGUCUGUCCGUGUGUCUGUCUCAAAACUCUUAUUCCGAAAAGGUAGAGCAGGAGCUUCACCCAUAAACUGCCCCCCAAAGAGGCGUCACAUUCCUGCCAGUCGAGUGAAGGAUGUAUUAUAUGUUCCCUCACCGAUGAUCGUCCACGACAAAACCCAUAUCAUUCUGGCAGUUCAACCUGCACCCAUAUCACAGAUGAUAGUCCGAACUCUCUUCCUGUUGGUGUCGGCUAAAACUGGAGGUGCGUAUGGACCAGUGUAACAUUCCUGUAAGCUGUAGUGACUGCAGAAAACAAAGACGGAAUCUAACGUCACAGACGGACAAACUUGCGGGGAGGGGAAAAAAAAUAAAUAAAUCGGGUUUCAUCGAUCUUCUGUAAAGGUUUUUCAUCGUCAGAAGGAUUGUGAGAAACCACAAAACUGUUUAUGUAUUGUACAGAAUAAAAAUAACAGAUACAAAUGUUGCAAUUCUUUUAUUUUUUGGGAUUUUACGUUGCAAACUUUGUGUCUGUGGGACUGUUCCGAAGUGUCACGAUGAAAUAUAUUCCGGUCGCGGACUGACCUCAGAAGGAGCAAGGAACAAUCUUUUGGUGUCAUUCUUUCGUAAAUACGACAAAGCACUCCUUAAUUAAUAUGCAUUUACCCAACGCACACGACAUCCUGGUCCUUUUUCUAGCAACAGCACUGUCACGUUUUGCAAAUCAGUUCUUACUGUAUGCUUUACCACUGUGUAGAUGUAAAACUGAACGGAUAAAGCAAAGUCAUAGAGAAGGAGGGGGAGCUGCGUUGCUGAGAGAGGAGCCUGGAUUAGAAGUACAAGGAUGGACCUAACAGACUGAGAUAGUAACAUUAGAGCGCUUUAUGAAAUGUGUCAUUUCUAUUGACGAGUUUUAUAACAGACUUACAUUGCUGCCCUGUUGAAAAUAAACAAUAGCUGUUGUUCUCCUAGCUAUCAUGAAAACCGGUGCGGUGCCACGAUCCCAACUCGAACGUGCGCACGUCAGAUCUUUCUAAAAAAAAAAAAAAGCCGAUGUUUACUAAUUAAGGAGAAAAAAAAAUUAAGUGUAUGAAGUGUAGCUUGCACACCUACCCCAUGACCCAUGAACCCCCUUCUCAACCCCCCCCCCCCCCCCCCCCCCCUCCCCCGCCCAGAGAGAAAUUAUUUAUUUAACUGUUUAUUGGUCUAAAGAAGGCUAAACAAGCUCAGAGGGAAGAAGACUGGCUUCAGGGAAAGAAGGAUUUAAUGCGGCACUGGGGUUUUAUAUUUUUUUGUUUUCUUUUUUUUUUCUUUUUUAAGUUAUUAUGAUCAUGAUUAUCAUUACAAUAUUACUGAUAAUUAUUUAUUCUUUUUGUAUGGGUUCCAAGUUGAAUGAUCUCAUAACUAAUAUUUGUUGUAACAGUGAAAGUUGUUUGCCAACAAAUAAAUUACUGACAUAGCUUUGAA